UCAGUUCGCGAGCCUCGUGUUCGCGAAAAGGUGAAACAACGAUCCCUUCGACUCUUCUUACGUGACUAUUAAAGAAAGAAGAGGGACAAGAGGGGAAGAUACGAAAGUUUAAUCGACGCCUCGAGCCUGUGCAGGACGCGGCAAAAGAAGCACCAACGACGACCCUCGACGCUCGCUUCAAACCAAAAAGAGCCCGAAACAAAAUAUCUCAUUCCGCGACAACUCGCCAGUGUGUCUCGACAAAACCAAACAAAUACGACUUGCAUCUGAGGAAACUCCAAGGAGUUUAGGAAUCUCGGCCGCGUCGAGGAAGAACUCUUCCCCUUCUCCGUCAUUGCCAUACGCCAACAAGUCGCGAGAGACAUGGCUUCCAACGAUCCUCUGGCCUCUGAACCUCUCGUCUCCGUGGACUUUGAAGUUUUUGGAAAAGUACAAGGUUGUUCCUUCACAAAAUACGUACGAGAAUUAUGUCAGCGAUUGGGAAUCGUCGGCUGGGUAAAAAAUAGUAAAAACGGGACCAUCCUCGGAAAAAUGCAAGGUCCACAAGCACUCGUCGAUCAAAUGGCUCAAUGGCUCUCGACAGUAGGAAGCCCGGAAAGUGAAAUACAUCAUUGCGAAUUCAAAGAUUUAUCAUCUGUAACAAAGCUAGGCUACAAAGGUUUCGCCGUUAGAUUUUGAAACUUUGAGAAGCAAAAAAAUACGAGCUCUACCAUCGCAAUAAAUUGGAAUAAUAAUAUUACACCGAUUAUAAUACCUGAAAAAAUUUACUUAAAGACACAUACAUAUAUAUGUAUAUAGAAAGGUGUAUCUUUACUUUCAUCUUAUUAACAUGUACAGAUGUUUGAAUACGUGAAAUGAAUAUUACGAAUUUCACUAAUUAUAAAUAUGGGAAAUGCAAUGGAUUGAAAAUCUACGUGUGCGGUUUUAACAUUACAAUUUAUUAAAGAGAAAGAAGUUUAACUUAUUAUAGAAA